AUGAAUGAGGAUAUUGUUUCAGAUAAGUUCCAAUCAAAAUUUGGUUCAAAGAUGUCAAAUUUAGUUAAUAUUAUACUAAAUUCAGGCAAAGAUUCAAAUAAAUUCAAAAAAAUUCUUCCUAGAUUAUCAAUCACAGAGUCUCUAAAUCAAUCCAAAAUGAUUCCACGCUCUAGAAUAUUAUCAUUAAAUAAUGAGGCAAAUGGUUUUAUUACAUCAAGAAUUGAAUUAACUAACAACUCUGGGGAUUUCUAUUAUAAAGCCUUGAAUCACUAAACUUAUUCAAUUCGACAUUAGAAAGAAAGAAUGAAAGAUUCUAUUGAAAAAUCCGUUGAAGGUAGUCCCUCAGUACAUUCUUAUCAAACUACAAAGGUAAUUGAGACAUGUUAGGAAGUUUAAAUACCCCUCUAAGUUGGAGUCAAUUAGAUAAAGGAGAAAUUAGAACCUAUAAAAGUACCUAGAUGA